AUGCUUGUUCUCAAAAAAAUUAAGGAUCAUGAAUUUAAUGAACAGAAUUACUCAUCAGAUAAAUAUAAAAAAAUUAAAACAGAUUUGAUUAAAAAAAUAUCACUGGAUUAGAAAAUUAUAAAAUUUCUAAAAUUUUUAGUUCGCAUUACAGCGCUAGACUAUAGAUACAUUUAAUGCGGAUCAAAUUCUCUUCAUUUAUUAGUUUAAAUGAAGGUUGACUUAAGGGAAUAAUCUUUUGAAAAUAUUAGAAUUAGAAAUACUUCACUGUUUGGAGCUAAUUUAGUGAGAUGUGACUUAAGUGGAUCUGAUUUUGACAAUGUCAUUAUUAGUGGUAUAAAUUUGAAUUAAGCCAAAUUAUUAAAUUGUAAGUGGACGAACUUGCGAAUAAAUGAGUUAAGUGAAAUAAACAUUCAUCGUUAAUAGGCCAAAUAUAUUUAAUUUUCUCCAGAUGGUAAGUCAUUAGCUUCUUACAGUGAUGAUAAAUCCAUCCUUUUAUGGGAUGUGAAAACAGGGAAAAUAAAGUAAAUAAUCAGAAGUCAGUAUAAUGUGAAAUCAGUAUGCUUCUCGCCCAAUAAUAAUAUUAUAGCUUUCGGUAGCAGAGCAAAUGCUUAUUUAUUCAACUAUAAAGCUGGAAAAUAAAUAUCUGAAUUAGAUGGUCAUACUGGAAAAAUUACAUCAAUCGGUUUCUCUCCUGAUGGUACUACAUUAGCGUCUGGUAGUGAUGAUAAGUCUAUCCGUUUAUGGGAUAUUAAGACAGGAUAAUAGAAAGCCAAAUUUGAUGGUUCUAAUACAGUUUAUUCAAUUUGUUACUCUCCUGAUGGUACUACAUUAGCAUCUGGUAGUUAUUAAGAAAUUAGUUUAUGGGAUGUUCAUACAGGAUUAUAAAAAGCCAAAUUAGAUGGUCAUUCAAAUAGUGUUAAUUCAAUCUGUUUCUCUCCCGAUGGUACUACAUUAGCAUCUGGUAGUUCUGAUAAAUCUAUCCGUUUAUGGGAUGUUAAGACGGGAAAAUAAAAAGAUAACUUAGAUGGUCAUUCUAGUGAGGUUUAUUCAGUCAAUUUCUCUCCUGAUGGUACUACAUUGGCAUCAAGUAGUGGUAAUGCAGAUAAAUUAAUUAGAGGUAGUGAAGAGUUAUUUUAUAAAGGAGAUUACACUAUCCGUUUAUGGGAUGUUUAGACAGGAUAAUAAAAAGCCAAAUUAUUUGGUCAUUCAAAUAUUGUUUAUUCAGUAAAUUUCUCUCCUGAUGGUACUACAUUAGUAUCUAGUAGUGAAGAUGACACUAUCCGUUUAUGGGAUGCUAAAACAGGAUAAUAAAAAGCCAAAUUAGAAUUUCCUUUUAAAGAAGGCAAGUCAGUCAAAUUCUUUGAUUUUAAUUCAGAAUAAUAAAAAUUCAAAUUGCAUUCAAAAGGAAUUCAAUCAGUCAACUUCUCCCCUGAUGGUACUACAUUAGCA